UCACAGCCCGGACCUCCCGCCCUGGGCGGUCAUGUGACCGUGACGUCAUCCAGCCUUUGUAAAGAAGAUAGGAACCGAUAGCGCGAAAGAGGAGCGGUGACGUCAGCAGGCCGCGCUGUCUGCAGGUCCGCCGUGGCGAAGCCGGUGCCGGGCGAUGCCGGUGAAUUAUCGUAUUUGGACGUAGUUGAAAUUCUGCCAUGCCUUCGUUUCGGCAAGUCGGGGAGAAGCAGUUGCCCCAUGAAAUUAUAUUUAUGUCAUGGUCCCCCAAGAGGGACCUGAUUGCGCUUGUCAACAAAGUUGGAGAGGUUUUGCUCCAUAGACUGGCAAAUAUUCAGAGGGUGUGGAUUUUACCCCCUAAUGAAAAUACCGGGAAGGAGGUGACAUGCUUAGCGUGGAGACCUGAUGGCAAAAUCUUGGCCUUUGGUCUCGCUGACACCAAGAAGGUGGUGCUUUGUGAUGUGGAAAAGCCUGAAAGCCUUCAUUCAUUCUCAGUGGAAAGGCCAGUGUCCUGCAUGCAGUGGAUGGAAGUAACAGAGGAGAAUAGUGUCUUGAAGUCAUUUUAUAACGCAGAAGAUGAGUCCAGCGUUCUUCUUCCAAGGCUGCCUGCUUUGCCCAAAAAUUACAAUGCCACAGCUAAAAUAUUCAGUGAGGAGAAAUCUGAUGAAAUGAAGCUUUUGGGAGAUGUUCGACUUAAUGCUUUAGUCCUUGGUGGAGUCUCGGGAGAGAUCGAGAUCUAUGCGUAUGGGAUGUACAAGAUCGCAACAAUCGUAGAGGUGUUUGGGUCUUGUCUUGGAUUGUGCCUGUCCAGUGACUUAAAAUCCCUUUCUGUAAUUACUGAGCUGAAAACAAGCACCACUCCUGUGGUCACCUACUUCCAGCUGGAUACCAGUUUACUGUCUGAAUAUUUACCAGAGGUCACCCGAAUGGCGAGAAAGUUUACCCACAUUUCGACCCUUCUUCAGUAUAUAAAGUUAUCGCUGACUUGUAUGUGUGAAGCUUGGGAAGAAAUUCUAAUGCAAAUGGAUACUCAGUUAACAAAGUUCGUACAGGAAAAAAAUACAACGACUUCUGUUCAGGAUGAAUUUAUGGAUCUCCUGCUUUGGGGUAAAGCAAGUCCCGAGCUCCAAGAAUUACUGAUGAAUCAGCUAACAGUUAAAGGCUUGAAGAAGCUUGGACAAGCUGUAGAAUCUUCGUACUCCACUAUUCAGAAACUAGUCAUCAGUCAUUUACAAAGUGGUUCAGAGGCAUUGCUGUACCACCUCAGUGAGCUGAAAGGGAUGGCCUUAUGGAAGCAGAAGUAUGAGCCUCUUGGGCUGGAUGCAAAAGCUAUUGAAGAUGCAAUCAUGUCUGUUGGUUCCUUCAGUCUUAAAGCAAAUGAGCUUCUGCAAGUUAUAGACAGUGGUAUGAAAAACUUCAAGGCAUUUUUUCGAUGGCUGUAUGUAGCCAUGUUGCGGAUGUCAGAAGAUCAUGUUCCUCCUGAGUUGAAUAAGAUGACUCAGAACGAAAUCACUUUUGUGGCAGAUUUUAUAACAGAACAUUUUGAAGAGGCGGCUGACCUGUACGACCAGAAAGGCAAAUACUUCAAUGUAGAACUUGUUGGUCAGUAUUUGAAAGAUGAAGAUGACAUCUUGAUGUCUCCUCCUAGAACAGAAGGGAACCAGUGGUUUAACUUCCUCCAGAACAGUGCACCCCUGAAAGAGAGUCCAUUGCUGUUUCCUUACUAUGCUGAAAAAUCCCUUCAUUUCGUGAAACGACAGAUGGAAGCCGUUAUCGACCAGUGCCUGGCGAAGCCUGCUGACGUUAUAGGGAAAUCAGUCCAACAGAAGCUAUGCAUUCCCUUAUAUUAUGCAUCAGAGAGUGAGGAGCCUUGUCCAAGGCUGAUUUCUUUACCAUCCCUCUGGAACGAUAAAUCGCAGAAUCUGCACUAUGUCCUGUUCCGUAUGAUGGAAAGCUCAGUCACCAAGCUGUUCAUUUUCAGGCAGCCAACUGAUGUCUCUAGAACUGUGAAUAAAGCAUUUGUUGCUGUGGAAUUCGGAGGUUCCUUAAACAGUAGCACGUGUGAAAAUCCAGAACCAGCACAUUACAGUUGUCUCGAUGCUCGUUUUUAUGAAGAUGAAGUUGUGACUUUGGUACUAAGAGAUAAGACUGAGCCAGAGGGAAAAGACAGGAUUUUGGCUCUUCUUCCACUGUCUUCGGUCUAUUCUGAUGAAGAGGCAGAUUAUCAUUUCAUUAGAGAUCCAAAUAAGAGGCUGGAAGAGCAGUGCGCUGACCUCCCCUCUCGCACCGUUAACCUGGAGAGUCAGUGGCGCGUGCUGGAGAAUAUCAAAGCUCAUUAUGUGUCUGUGAAUGGUAUACGCAAAGUGGCAUCUGUGCUAAGUUCCAAUCUACGACACUUGCGAGUGUUUGAAAUGGACGUGGAAGACGACGGAGAAGAAGAGGAGGAAGAAGGGUCUCAUUCUCAAGAUGUCACUGAGGAAGACUUGGAUCAUACCACAGACGAUGCACAGAACAACAGCCUAGAAGCAGCAGAUGUUACAGAAGAAAGUCUGGAGUCCUGAGUGUAUGUGAACGCUCAGACCUCCAAUCAUGUUCAGUAGACUUCUGUGAAGCUCAUUAGGUGAUUUCUGUCUGUGUGGUCAAUAAAAGUGUAGACAACAGGAUCCAGAAACAAAGGGCCCACCAGUAAUCUGUGUAUACUGAACCAGCGCUCGGACCACUCCUAAUUUUAACACUUGAUGCCAUUUACCUUCCAGGGGGUGGGUUUGUAACCAAAAUGCAUCUUGGACAACUGCUAUGUAUGGGAGCAGAUUACAGUGUCCACAAAUUUGCUUGUUUGUUUCUCAAGUGUUUUUAGUCUUGAAACAUCCAGUAAUAAAUGUGAAUAU